AUGUCUUCGAACCUAUACAACAUACCAGGGACGGAACCCUUCUCAAUAAGUCUGAGUCGCCAUCCCCGGGGCCUUUUCGACACAGCCAAGACGGAUAUGGAUCAACAUUAUUUGGAAAAGCAACCCUUGACUGAAGGAUCUCCCAACAAACCGCGGAUUCCUCGAUGGGCGCUGAGCGAUUCGAAGACGCUCUUCAGCAUCAGCAUCAGCGAGAAGACUGCCGUCAACGUUCUCUGCGUCGUGCUCAACACCCUAUCGACGGUGUCCAUCGUUUUUGCGAACAAGAUUGUCUUUACCGAUCCUCAAUUUCGAAAGUUCCAGAUCGGGACCGCAGCAUGGCACUUUACGGCGACCUCUGUGUUGUUGUAUAUCGCGACCUUGAAGCCGUUCAGCUUCUUCAAGCCUGUCCGGUUGGCGGUGCGGGAUGUCUUGCCCCUCUCGACCCUCUUCCUCGGGUUCCUGGUCCUGGGGAACCUGUCCCUCGCCCUCAACACCGUCUCCUUCUACCAACUGGCCAAGAUCAUGACCACGCCGACGGUUGUGGCGAUCAACUUCCUGCUCUUCCGGAAGUGCCUCGCGCGUCCGUUGUUGUUGGCCAUUAUGGUUUCCUGCCUGGGCGUCGCCAUGACCAAUAUCGCGAUGGUCUCGUCGAACCCGAUCGGCACUUGCGUCGCCAUCGCCGCCUUCGUCACCACGGCAUUCUACCAGAUCUGGAUCGGCAAGAAGGUGCAAGAACUCGACGUGAGCGCCCCGGCGCUCCUGCUGAACCAGGCUCCCAUUUCCGUGGCCAUGCUCCUUUGCCUGCUCCCUUUCACGGACACCAUUCCCGACUUCCGGGCGGUCGAUCCUAAGAUUAUGGCCACCUUCCUCCUCUCGGGUAUCCUCGCCGCCGGACUCAACCUGAGCCAGUUCUUGAUCAUCGGACGCCUCUCGGCCAUUGCAUUCAACGUGGUGUCCAACGCGAAGAACGUCAUCAUCAUUUCCCUGGGCUGGUACAUGGCCGGCCAGUCCCCGUCCUUGAAGGACAUCGUAGGCGUCAUGCUGGCCCUCGGCGGAGCAGGUGCGUACUCGUGGUUGCAACGAAGGUGA